AUGGGACCUAUAACAUCCGUGCACCCGCUGCCGUACUGCUUCGUAUGUGUGUUCUGCGGGACGGUUCCCUCCAAGGCGAUUCAGCUUCCCUGCCUCAACAUUAUGUGCGAUGAAUGCCGAAGCGCAGCCAUCAGCGGCACGAGAGAAGCAGUCCGCGUGAAACAUGAAGCCUGCGACGAAGCCAAGGCGCGCGUCGUCUGUGCUUGUCCCUGUGACAGCGCCCCCUUGUACGAGUGCGACCUCCAACAGCACCUUUCCAGCACUAAGCACAUCGAACGGGAAAUCGUGCUUUGCGUGCAGGCAGGCUUGGGGUGCCAGUUCCGGGGGGAGCUCAAGUACCUCAAGCAUCAUUACUACUUCGACUGUCGCCAUGGCCCCAAAGCCUGCGACCGCUGCGGCAGCACCCACAUUCCAGCAUUCGACCUUCUGCGCCAUACCCUGACCUGCCCGCGACGCGCCCCGCUGUACGAGUACGACCUCCAACAGGACCUUUCCAGCAUGAAGCACAUCGAACGGGAGAUGGUGCUUUGCGUGCAGGCAGGCUUGGUGUGCCAGUUCCGGGGGGAGCUCAAGUACCUCAAGCAUCAUUACUACUUCGACUGUCGCCAUGGCCCCAAAACCUGCGACCGCUGCGGCAGCACCCACAUUCCAGCAUUCGACCUCCUGCGGCAUACCCUGACCUGCCCGCGACGCGCCCCGCUGUACGAGUACGACCUCCAACAGGACCUUUCCAGCAUGAAGCACAUCGAACGGGAGAUGGUGCUUUGCGUGCAGGCAGGCUUGGGGUGCCAGUUCCGGGGGGAGCUCAAGUACCUCAAGCAUCAUUACUACUUCGACUGUCGCCAUGGCCCCAAAACCUGCGACCGCUGCGGCAGCACCUACAUUCCAGCAUUCGACCUUCUGCGGCAUACCCUGACCUGCCCGCGACGGUAG